GUUAUGUUACUAUUUACUAGGAUCAUAUAACAAACAGGUAGGUCAGCGAAUGAGUUCACCCAAACGCUUCGAACAAUUAUGGGUUCCUUGCCUAAUGAGACCAUCUCUAGGGCGGAGCACCAGCAGGAGCAGCUAGACCUGGAGGAUUCUGGUCGAACUGAGAGAGAACAGUGGUUGAUUAAUUCACCUGUGCCUCCUAGUUUAUGGCAGGAACUUCUUAGUGCUGUCAGAGGAAGUGUCUUUCCUCUUGGAAGAAAGAAUUCAUCGACAAAGGGGAGACGUGCCAUGUCAUUCCUCCAAGGUCUAUUUCCAAUCCUCAGCUGGGGAAGGACUUACAAUGUUUCAAAAUUUAAAGAUGAUUUAAUGGCGGGUUUAACCCUUGCAAGCCUUAGCAUUCCUCAGAGCAUUGGAUAUGCUAAUUUAGCGAAACUUGAUCCCCAAUAUGGCCUAUACACAAGCGUCGUCCCACCUCUUAUUUAUGCGUUAAUGGGAAGUUCAAGAGAGAUAGCUAUCGGACCGGUAGCUGUGGUUUCAUUGCUGCUAUCUUCCAUGGUUCCAAACACGGUGGAUCCUGUCGCUGACCCCAUUGGGUACAGAAGGCUAGUGUUCAGUGUGACAUUCCUUGCUGGGACUUUCCAAGCCAUAUUUGGAUUGUUUAGAUUGGGCUUCUUGGUGGAUUUUCUUUCACAUGCUGCAAUUGUUGGUUUCAUGGCCGGCGCCGCCAUCGUCAUAGGGCUUCAGCAACUGAAGGGACUAUUGGGAAUGAGUCACUUCACCGCUAAAACCGAUGUGGUAUCAGUCUUGGGCUCGGUUUUCAAAUCAGUUCAACAUGAAUGGUAUCCUCUGAAUUUCAUCCUUGGUUGUUCAUUCCUGGUAUUCCUCCUAGUCGCCAGGUUUAUUGGAAGAAGAAACAAAAAACUCUUCUGGUUCCCAGCAAUCGCUCCUCUUUUUUCUGUCAUAUUAUCUACCCUGAUAGUGUAUCUUACCAAGGCUGACAAGCAUGGGGUGAAGAUAGUUAAACACGUAAAAGGAGGCCUCAAUCCAAGUUCACUCCAUCAGUUACAGUUUAAAGGCCCACAUGUUGCAGAAGCAGCAAAAAUUGGACUAAUUUCUGCUGUUGUUGCUCUCACGGAAGCCAUCGCAGUUGGUCGAUCAUUUGCUUCAAUCAAAGGAUACCAUUUAGAGGGGAACAAGGAAAUGAUGGCAAUGGGUUUCAUGAACCUUGCAGGAUCUCUAACUUCUUGCUAUGUGGCAACUGGUUCAUUUUCUAGGACUGCUGUGAAUUUCAGCGCGGGGUGCCAGACAGUGGUGUCAAAUAUAGUUAUGGCCAUUACAGUUUUAUUGGCAUUGGAGUUGUUUACCAGGCUCUUGUAUUACACACCCAUUGCCAUCCUUGCUUCCAUCAUCCUGUCUGCACUUCCUGGACUUAUUGACUUCAACGAAGCGUACUAUAUCUGGAAGGUUGACAAACUAGAUUUCCUAGCUUGCAUCGGUGCUUUUCUUGGAGUCUUGUUCGCAUCGGUGGAGAUUGGUCUUCUAGCUGCGGUAACUAUCUCAUUUGCCAAGAUAUUGCUGAAUUCCAUUCGACCAGCCGUUGAACUACUUGGAAGACUCCCGAGAACAGAUAUCUUUUGUGAGGUUGAUCAAUAUCCCAUGGCCAUUAAAACUCCAGGCAUCUUGACACUUCGCGUAAACUCUGGCUUACUUUGCUUUGCUAAUGCCAAUUCUCUAAGGGAAAGAGUAAUGAGGUGCGUGAGAGAAGAAGAGAAUGAAAUGGUAGAAACUGCAAAAGACACAGUUCAAAUCUUAAUCAUCGACAUGUCCAAUGUGCUCAACGUUGACACUUCUGGAAUUAUGGCACUCGAAGAACUGCACAACAAGCUGGUCUCACUAGGCAUAAAAUUGGCAAUGGUGAAUCCAAAGUGGCAAGUCAUGCACAAGCUAAAGCUAGCAAAAUUUGUAGAGAAAAUUGGAGCAAAGUGGGUUUUCCUCAGUGUUGCUGAAGCUGUGGAUGCAUGCCUUGCUUCUAAAUUAGCAAGUACAAGCAACUUCUAAUGGCUUCAUAUACUAAAAAGUAUAUACAGCUAGGUUUUGAUUUUCCAUCUCGGUUCUUGAUUAAUUAUUUUUAAUCAAGAACUUCAAUCAGAAAAUUUGAAUUAAGUUUGCCCGUAUCUGCCAAUCUAGUAGCCCUUGUUCAUGCUGAUAUGGCUACUUUAAUUUGUAUUGCUUUGAUCAAGAAAGUUUGAAGCUGCUAUCAUCUAUCUGCAGCUAGGCCUUGAUAAUGCUUAUAAUACAUCAUGUGAAAGAUGUUGUGAAAUACCCAUAGCUUGCAAUUUUUUUUUUAAUUGCAUGAAGCAUAUGGUUUGACUUUUGACAGUCUAUGCUUCAUCUUUUUUAAUUUAUGUAACUGAUCAUAUGUCUAAUUUUUACUCUUUAA